AUGCCGCCUCCGCUGCUCGUCUGUCUCCUCAUCUUCCUCGUCGCCGUGCCGCGGCCGUGGCCUGUCGCUGGCGAGCCGCCGAGGCCGCCGGGUGCGAAGCCUCGUGCGUUCCCGCUGCGGGCGCGGCAGGUGCCGGCGGGGGCGCUGCCGCGGCCGCCGAGCAAGCUGCGGUUCCACCACAACGUCAGCCUCACCGUCUCGCUCGCCGUCGGCACGCCGCCGCAGAACGUCACCAUGGUGCUCGACACCGGCAGCGAGCUCUCCUGGCUGCUCUGCGCGACGGGGCGCCAGGGGAGCGCCGCGGCCGGCGCUGCCGCCAUGGGCGAGUCGUUCCGCCCGAGGGCCUCGGCCACGUUCGCCCCCGUGCCCUGCGGCUCCGCGCAGUGCAGCUCCCGCGACCUGCCGGCGCCGCUGUCCUGCGACGGGGCCUCGCGCCAGUGCCGCGUGUCGCUGUCCUACGCGGACGGGUCCGCCUCCGACGGCGCGCUCGCCACCGACGUCUUCGCCGUCGGCGACGCACCGCCGCUGCGGUCCGCGUUCGGCUGCAUGUCCACCGCGUAUGACUCCUCCCCCGACGGCGUCGCGACGGCCGGGCUGCUGGGCAUGAACAGGGGCACGCUCUCCUUCGUGACGCAGGCCAGCACGCGCCGCUUCUCGUACUGCAUCUCCGACCGGGACGACGCCGGCGUGCUGCUCCUCGGCCACAGCGACCUCCCCUUUCUGCCGCUCAACUACACGCCACUGUAUCAGCCCACCCUGCCGCUCCCCUACUUCGACCGCGUGGCCUACUCCGUCCAGCUCCUCGGCAUCCGCGUCGGCGGCGAGGCCCUGCCAAUCCCGGCGUCGGUGCUCGCGCCGGACCACACCGGCGCAGGGCAAACGAUGGUGGACUCCGGCACGCAGUUCACCUUCCUCCUCGGGGACGCAUACUCCGCCCUGAAAGCCGAGUUCUUGAAACAAACGAAGCCCCUCCUCCCCGCGCUCGACGACCCCAGCUUCGCAUUCCAAGAAGCGCUCGACACCUGCUUCCGCGUGCCCGCGGGGCGCCCGCCGCCGUCGGCGAGGCUCCCACCCGUGACACUGCUGUUCAAUGGCGCGGAGAUGUCGGUGGCUGGGGACAGGCUGCUGUACAAGGUCCCCGGCGAGCACCGGGGAGCCGACGGCGUGUGGUGCCUAACGUUCGGGAACGCGGACAUGGUGCCCCUGACAGCGUACGUGAUCGGGCACCACCACCAGAUGAACCUGUGGGUCGAGCACGACCUGGAGCGCGGCCGCGUCGGGCUCGCGCCUGUCAAGUGCGACGUCGCCAGCGAGCGGCUCGGCCUCAUGCUGUGA